AUGGGUUUUGUGGGUUUACUCCAAUUUUCAUUGAAAUGCUUCGAUGUUCUUGCCUGGCCUCUAGUUGCUUUGGUCUACCCUCUUUGUGCUUCGGUUCGGGCAAUUGAGACCAAUUCAAACUGUCACAUGCGGAAAUUGGUCACAUAUUGGGUUCUUUUUUCUUUGAUUUCUCUCUUUGAACUUGCUCUCGUGAGAGUUAUUGAAUGGCUACCAUUCUUGCCUCAGAUAAAACUACUAUUUGUCUGCUGGCUAGUAAUACCUCGAUUUGAUGGUGCAUACUAUGUCUACAAAAGCCUUGUUCAUCUGUGCUUAUCUGUGGACCGACAAUCUGUUGUCAAGUGGUUAAAUAAGCCUAAGGAUGACGUCUCUCUCAAACCCGAAACCUUCCUAGCUGUGGCUGAGACAUAUGUUCAAAAGAAUGGUACUGAAGCAUUGGAGAAACUCAUUGCUAGUAAGUCAAAGGAUUCAAAUUCCAAUCUCAUUGUGGAAGAGAUCAAGUCAGCUGCAAAUGCAAAGGAGAAAGAAGUGGCGACAACAAUCCAGUGCAAACAGCCAAACAUUGUCCAAAAAGAUGUCAAAGCUGUGGAACCACCAAAGCAAAAUGCAGCAACAGCUGCAAAAAGGGUAAAUCUUCUAUCAAUGGGUACUAGGAAACUUAGUUUCAAAGGCUUCUAUUUGGGUACUAGGAAGCUAAGUUUCUAUGUUUUGGAAGAAUUUCUAAGUCAGCUGCCUGAAUGUGAGGAAUGCACAUGGAUUGCCUAG